AUGAUUUAAGAGGAGGCAAAUUUGCAACAAGAAGAUUCUAAGGAUUACAACAAUCAGGAUCCCGGAGUAACUAUAACUAAGAUGAAGCAAGAGUAAACACUUGAAGAGUUUGCACUUCACAACUUUGAUGCAUACGACGAGGUAUAACUUCAACCUAUGAGUGAAAAGUUGCUGAUUGAGAGUUUGAAUGAUCACUCCAACCAUGAAGAAAUGGAGAGAAUUCAGCAGGAGAGACAAGUAAAAGAGCAUAAUUUAGCACAAUCAAUCAUUUAAGAUAUCGUGAAGAAACCUCAGAUGUUAGGCUACAAAUGGUUUCUUUCUAAAAUCUUCAACUAGAUUAAACCAGUCAAGAGACUUAUUUUCGACUGGAUCAUCAAUAUGAACUAGGAAAUUGAGAAAGCAAACUCAAUAUUGAGAGAUCAGUUCUAUGAUAUGAGAACCCAAUAAAAUGAUGGUGAGCUUCGCCACAUAAUCAAAGAGUCAAAUAGAAUGGAGAAUAGAUACUAUUUCAAAAGAAAGAGAGCAGAACUUGAGGAAAUGCAAAGUGUUGAGGAUCAACAGCAAGAUCAGGAUAAUGCUCCCACUUCUAAGAUUGAUUAAGCUAGUACAGCCGAAGGGAAUUAGAAUUUACAGUCACUACAUAAGCUAGUGCCAACUGAGCUUUAAGCUUAGAGAGCAAACUCAAUGCCUGUUGUGAUGGAUUAGAGAGAUAGCCAGAAUACUUUACCAAGAGCUGCUUCAGAUGGUGAAAAAGCUGCAGAACCUGCAGCUAAUUAUUCCCAGACUGAUCCAGUAUUUAAUCAAGAUGAUACUACUAUCACCAAUACCAGAAAGAAGCCGGACAGCUUCUUUGAUAACUUCAGCACAAGUUGCAAGAUCCCAUCAUUUUAUAGAGAUAAGAACUAAGCUGAUCUUCAGUUUGAGAACAAUCAUUUCAACAGUCAUUCCUAAACAAUGAGAGCAGAUUCAAGAUCAUUUAGAGGAGUAAGAGGAUUCCCAAGCAGAUAUCAAAAAUAUAGUGAGAACUAUGAGAAUUGGUCAGGCAGUGGAUACUAGAGAACUUCAAACUAUCGCUACUCUAGAGUUGUAAAUGAUUCUUAUGUGGAGUCUAGAGGUGAUGAAUAUGGGAGAUCAAGAAACUAUCAAAUUCUCUAGAACAAACCAUUCCAGAAAAUGACUCAUCCCUCUAUGUACCAAGAUUUGAAGUACAAUAGAAGAAACUUUGAACCCUACAAUGGAAUGAGAUACCAGAGUAGCUACUACAACAACUCAACUGGCUAUGUGAUGAAUAGAAAGUUCCCUAACUCAUCAGUCUACAUAAGAACUUGA